AUGAACGCCCAGAUAUCCUUCUUGGAGGGCGAGUACAGCCUGAUACACAUCCCCCUGGCCCUCUACUCGUCCUUUGUCCAGCCCAUCCUCCAGGUCCUCCUCCUGCCGCAGAGCAAGCACGUCCCGCGCGGCUCAGAGAAUGGCCUUGGGCACGAGCUCGAGGGACUGACCUCCGAUGGCCAGCACAACUUCCUCAACAUCAGUGUCACACCCAUCGAGGUCUCGAUUGUCUGCCACAGCUCCUGGGCCAAGAAUGUAUUUGAGCCCAUCAUCAGGAACCUGCCGCCUAAAUUGGCCGGUACGGUCGACAUACCUCAAACCACGUAUGUGAUCCUCGCCGUCAUCAGUGCAGGCCUGGACGCAGCCAACCGUGUCAUGGACCUGACGUCCCCCCUCGCGCUGGCUGGCAUCUCCAUCUUCUACAUCUCGACGUAUUACUCCGACUUUAUCCUCGUCCCGGUGAAGGAGAGGGAGAACGUAGUCAAGGCGCUACUCUCCAAGGGGUUCGAGCUCUCCCACAACCAGACCUCGUACGUCAACUCGUCCACCUACAGCCGCUCGAGGACGUCCAGCGGGAGCGGCUCGCCGCCCAGGACGCCGCCUCCUGCCAGCAUCACGGAGCUUCAGUCCCGGGCCUUUGACCUCCUCAGCAAGAGGAAGGUCGCGCCCACCGUAGUAGACGGCUUAGAGCUUGUGCAGUGCUCUGGCCGUGAGAUCUCGCCCAUUACUGAUGAGGUCUACGACCACCGACCUUCCAGGAGUCGUCACACGGGGGGCCGCACGUGGGUAGACACCAUCGACGCCAAACUCUACACCUGCAUCGUCGCCGCGCUCGCCGCGAAGCCAAGGUUCCUGUCCAUUACUCUCACCCACGAUGACCCGCCGUCACUGCUCUUGGACAAGGCUCUGCUCGACAUGUUCGGCGAGUCGCUCAUCGGCGACAAGGAAGGCACGCAGAUCGCCAUCUUCCUCGAUCUGCUGAAUCUCUCGUCCGAGGUCACGGGCAUAAUCUGCGGCGUGGCGGGCAAGCUGGUCCAGGAUAUGCAGAUGACGGCGAGCUCGGAGUUAUCGUACCUGUCCACUGCCAGAGCCGGGGCGGUCAUCCUCCCAGAGGAGCACUCCCCGCGCGCCUUGGACAUUCUGAAACCUCUUCUCUCCAAGGAUUGA